UCAUUAACGUCACAUUUUUGUUAUUGUUGUGAGCCCGAGCCCCCUUCGCAUUUUAUCAAUUAUCUCCAUAUUUUCACGCCUAAACAUGUCCAAAAUAGCUGAUAACAUCAACCCACAUGUCUACGAGAAGAAUUCCGAGCGCGAAGUGACUUCAACCGAGCUUGACGAAGAUAUGGAGGACGAAUUUGAUGAACGUGAAAUUUACGAUUUAAUUCGCAAUAUCAACGAUCCUGAGCACCCUUUGACCCUGGAAGACCUGAGGGUGGUUGAGGAGAGUAACAUAGUCGUGAAUAAUAAGGAGAAUACAGUGGAUGUAACGUUUACACCGACUAUUCCUCAUUGCAGUAUGGCUACUCUUAUAGGAUUAUCAAUCCGAGUGCAGCUGCUCCGAGCCUUACCCAGCCGUUUCAAGGUCACCGUCCGAGUGACUGAAGGAUCCCAUGCAUCUGAGCAUGCGGUGAAUAAACAGCUAGCAGACAAAGAGAGAGUGGCCGCUGCAUUGGAAAAUAAUAACCUGGUUCAAAUCAUCAACCAGUGUGUCGCUGGUUGAUAAUUCAGAUACUCACUGGUUGCUGAAUAAUAGGUUGUUAGCGCUCCUGCUCACGACGCCGCUACCGCGCCGCCGCCGCGCCUUUGCACUGUUUAUACGCGCCGCGUGAACACCGCUGCCGCGCCGCCGCCGCGCCGCGGGCGAAAUUAUGCUUUUAUGGCGCGGUGGCGGCGCGGCGGCGGUUUUACUCGGUGCGUAUGAACAGUGUAGCGGCACGGCGACGGCGCGGCGGCGCACAGUGGUCCCGAUUUAAUAAAAAAUGGACAUUGAUGCUAGAGGCACGAAAAUUUUUUUAAUGGUUACUGCUAUGAUAACUAAUAAGGUAAAAAAAUAUUACAAUCCUACGACGUCUAUUUCGUAGUAAAAAAAAAUAAAUACAUAUUUUUUGUAUGGAAGAAAUUACGUUUCUGUCAAUUUUUCGAAAUUCUUUAACGAUGUCAAGAUGCCGAUCACACAUGUUAUAGAACAAGUGAUUCUGAGUAUUUCAUGCUAAGAUACUUGUCACUUAUCUCUGCGUACUUUUGAGUUAUCGAGGGUUGAAAAAUCGAUUUUUUUAUAUUAAAUAUUUCCACGAAAAAUUGCCAGAAUUACAAUAUGGUGUAUAAGGGACACCUUUGAUGACACAUAACAACGACUCGCACUCGGGCGCGCUCGUAUGCAUCAAUUUUUACUAAAAUAAAAAUAAAAUUAAGUGAAGUAGGUACUUAAUACAACGUUGUAUGUAUAGGUCCGCUGGCCGUCAAAAAGUAGCUUAUACGAGAGGUUGCCCAAUUUACAAUAUGUCCAUCAUUGAUAACUCACACAAAUAUCGUCUCUCUCUGAAGGAUAACAAGUUUUUUUUGUUUCCAGAAGCUCUUGAUAGGAUGGAAACCCAUAAAUACUCUCUGAAGCGAGAAUGAAUCUCAAAUUGCGAUAUUGCCAUUUUGACAAAUUACAUGAUGAAAAACUAGCACCAACGUUUAUCUUCAGGUAGACACAGUUUUAAGUUAAAAGAUUGUCUACUAUUUCACACUGUUCUUCGUUUUGGAACAGUUCUUUGAUUAUAGGUAGUCGCUAAUUUCGUUUUGUUAGACUCUUUCAGUUUAGCACAUAAAGCGUAAACUAAUUCCUCCUCAGAAUGAUCUAAAAGUGUUAGAGAGCGCCUCUUCUUCUGCAGAAGAAGAAUUUUACAUAAAUCUUCAAAAGGUUUUUUAUUUAUACUAAAAGUCGAUGGUUGCACAUCUACUUCCGCAGUCUCAUCAACUGAAGCGUCUUCCUCAAUAUUAACGUUGUCUAUGCGUUGUGUUAACUCGGUAAAAAACAUUGUUUAAAUCUAUAUUUUUACAAUUCGGCCAGACAAUUUCAGAGUCUAGCCAAUGCGAAUUCUGGUGCAAAAAUGUCUUUUGGGCUCUGCUGGAAGCAGACCAUAUCUUCUUUGAUAUAUUUCUUGUAAAAUUACGACUUAAUGAUUUGAUAAUUACUCAAAUCUUCGGAAGAAAAUUCAAUGCCAAUACGUUCGUCAUUUUAGUCUGAAAUGGUCUGGCCGAAAUGUAAAAAUAUAGAUUUAAACAAUGUUUUUUACCGAGUUAACACAACGCAUAUACAACGUUAAUAUUGAGGAAGACGCUUCAGUUGAUGAGACUGCGGAAGAAGAUGUGCAACCAUCGACUUUUAGUAUAAAUAAAAAAACUUUUGAAGAUUUAUGCAAAAUUCUUCUUCUGCAGAAGAAGAGGCGCUCUCUAACACUUUUAGAUCAUUCUGAGGAGGAAUUAGUUUACGCUUUAUGUGCUAAACUGAAAGAGUCUAACAAAACGAAAUUAGCGACUACCUAUAAUCAAAGAACUGUUCCAAAACGAAAAACAGUGUGAAAUAGUAGACAAUAUUUUAACUUAAAACUGUGUCUACCUGAAGAUAAACGUUAGCGCUAGUUACAUCAUGUAAUUUGUCAAAAUGGCAAUAUCGCAAUUUGAGAUUCAUUCUCACUUCAAAGAGUAUUUAUGAGAUUCUAUCCUAUUAAAAUAAAAGCUUCUGGAAACAAAAAAAACUUGUUAUCCUUCAGAGAGAGAUGAUAUUUGUGUGAGUUAUCAAUGAUGGACAUAUUGUAAAUUGGGCAACCUCUCGUAUAAGCUACUUUUUGACGGAAAGCGGACCUAUACAUACAACAUUGUAUUAAGUAUUUCCCUUAAUUUUUUAUUUCAUUUGAUUAAAAGCUGAUGCAUACGAGCGCGCGCGAGUGCGAGUCGUUGUUAUGUGUCAUCAAAGGUGUCCCUUAUACACCAUAUUGUAACUUUGGCAAUUAUUCGUGGAAAUAUUUAAUAUAAAAAAUCGAUUUUUCAACCCUCGAUAACUCAAAAGUACGCAGAGAUAAGUGACAAGUAUCUUCGCAUGAAAUACUCAGAAUCACUUGUUUUAUAACAUGUGUGAUCGGCAUCUUGACAUCGUUUAAGAAUUUCGAAAAAAUUACAGAAACGUAAUUUCUUCCAUACAAAAAAUAUCUAUAUAUUUUUUUUUACUACGAAAUAGACGUCGUAGGAUUGUAAUAUUUUUUUGCCUUAUUAGUUAUCAUAGCAGUAACCAUAAAAAAAAAUUUCGUGCUUCUAGCAUCAAUGUCCAUGUUUUAUUAAAUCGGGACCACCGUGCGGCGGCGCGGUGGCGGCGUCGUGUGCAGGAGCCCUUAGUUUGUUGAACUGGACGGAUACACCGUACUUAGGCUGGGUUGCACCACCUAACUUUGACUGUAACUAUAAAGAUAACUGGUGUUUUUUGUAAGGAGUUUGACAUAUUUUUGAUGGUUGUCAAUGUUAAAGCCUCGAGGCUGGGUUGCAGCAUCUUACUUUAACCUUAACCCAGUCUAAGGCUUGAUUGCACCAUCUAACUUUUACUUUGACAAAGUCAAAUAUCUGUCAAACUUCAUACCAAAAAACGCUGGUCAAGUUACAGUUAUUAAAGUUAGGUGGUGCAACUCAACUUUAUUCUUGUUUUUAUUUUAAGAUAUCCAAAAUAAUGAAAAAUAUUCAUGUGUAAAUAUUUUAUUUGAGCUUACAAUUAUUUGUAAAUGUCAUUAAAUGCCUGUAAAAAUAAAAAUACUGUGUAAAAGUAAAUAAAACUUGUAAAUAAAUAUUUCUUAUUUUCUUCAAUAA